AUGCCAACAUCAACAAAUGCCAAUACAACACGAAUGCAGAGCCACACAGAGCAGCCAGGCGAAUGCCACGAGCAAUCUGAACACCUCUCACGAAUCGAUGCGAUGAUGUCGGCCAGCAGUAGCAACGACAUCUCCACACAACCACUGGGCUGGCAACAGUUGAAAAAAAUGGCAUCACAAAACAGAAGACAUCAAUCACGACAUUACGCAUUGUACGUGCAUAAUUCAAAAAGUGCAAAAUUUUGUGGCGAGCGACGCGUGGCUGCACUCGACGACGAUGAAACGAUUUGCAGCCAUAAAACAAAAUAUCAGAUGAACAAAAUAUACGAGCUCAUCAAGGCUACAACAUCAUAA